AUGGUGACUCACAAGAUUCCGGAAAACGCCCAAAAUGGGGGGAUGAUUCCCGCCACAGAUAACAACCAUUUUCAGGAAAACAUUCAUCAGCCAUCAUUAGGUCAUGCAAUACCAUGUGAUCAACAAAAGCAUCCAAAGCAUCCAAAUAAGACUUCCAUUAAGAAUAAUAAUAACUGUAAAAAUGAUCGAAAGGUAGUUUUAGUAGAAAAUCUUGUUGAUACGACGGCAAUAAUUAUUGAUGAAAUUUGGUAUAAUUUUCCCGUUCAUUUUAAUUCGCAAGUCAUCCCACUUCGCUUAUUUAUUCAAGAAACGUUGCGUCGAUCGAGAACUUCUUGGUCAACACUUCAAACGGCUUUAUUCUAUCUCAAAAAAAUAAAGCCGCAAAUAUUAUAUCUUUGGCAUAAUCCCGAUCGUUGGACACUAAGCUCCAAAGAUAAUAAUAAUCAAGGUAGUGAUCCAGCCACUUGUGGACGUCGAAUGUUUCUUGCAUCUCUUAUCAUUGCAUCAAAAUAUCUUCAGGAUCGAAAUUAUGCAAAUAAUGCUUGGUCAAAGAUAUGUGGACUCCCUGUUCAAGAAAUAAAUUCUAUAGAAAGACGUUUCCUUAAACUUAUUGAUUACAAUUUGUUUAUAGGAGAAGAUAUGUAUAAACUAUGGACAAAUGUUUUAAAUUCUCACAUUCAAGCCAUUUCAGGACCUGAGGCGACUGCUGAAAAUCAACAAGCUGUAGCUCAAUUCAAACAAACUCUGAGGUUGCAACCCCAGGCGGUAGAGUGUAUAGUUCAGGGUUAA